AUGCAAAUCUUCUUUGAAAUGAUAGUAUAAAGUAUUGCAACUUCGUACACUUACUAGAUCAAGAAUACUUAUUAAGUAAACAGAUAUAACGGAGGAGGCUAUAUGAGCAGAUAUGGUGGCUACUAUAAUAGACCUUACUCCAUUACCUACAACAAUUACUAUCAAGUUAAUAUUUACCAGAACAACUAUUCAUACAGACCAUACAACUCAUAUACUUACAGAAAUUCAAACACUUAUUACCCUGACUAUUACGAUGACGAUGAUUAUUAUGAUGAUGAUUGCGAUGGCUAUGAGAGUUAUUGA